AUGUACAGUAAGGUGGUGGGAGGUAAAGUGAAGAAACCUGGAAAGCGAGGACGUAAACCAGCUAAAAUUGAUUUAAAGGCAAAGCUUGAGAGAAGUCGCCAGAGUGCCAGAGAAUGCAGAGCAAGAAAGAAAUUGCGAUAUCAGUACUUGGAAGAGCUUGUGUCUAGAAGAGAGAGAGCAAUCUGUGCUCUGAGGGAAGAGCUAGAGAUGUACAAGCAGUGGUGCACAGCAAUGGACCAGGGAAAAAUACCAUCAGAAAUAAAAGCACUACUCACAGGGGAUGAGCAAAGUAAAGCACAGCAGACUGUGAACAAACAAGGAAAAGCAAGAACUGAAGGAAGUGCCAAUUUGGUCUAAUAACUCUGACAUUCUGUUACUUGGAAUUGAUGAUGAGGAAAUGAUCAAGUGAAAAUCUGUAUUUGCCAGUUUAAGUGAUAUUGUGCAGUACUGGUGACUAACCAGAGAAAGAAGCUAAAAUCAUUCUCAACUGUACCCUUCGGCAAAAUUUGAAAUAUUAUGUUCUUUAACAAAUGUAGAAUAAUAUUUUAUGAAUUCAAUUUCUGAGUUUCUAAUUAUGCUGUAUAUCUGUAAGUAAUGUAAAUUGAAUGUGGGUUACUUUUUAUAAUUUUUAAUGUAAAAAAUAGUAA